GGGCUCCGGACGCUGGCUGGGCGGCUGCGCACUACUGCCGCCGCUGUCGCCGGGGUGAGAGGAGUGGACGCGAUGGCAGGGCCCGCGUGGAUCUCCAAGGUCUCUCGGCUGCUGGGGGCAUUCCACAACCAAAAACAGGUGACCAGAGGUUUUGCUGGUGGUGUUAAGACAGUAACUUUAAUUCCAGGAGAUGGAAUUGGCCCAGAAAUUUCUGCUGCAGUUAUGAAGAUUUUUGAUGCUGCCAAAGCUCCUAUUCAGUGGGAAGAGCGAAACGUCACCGCCAUUCAAGGGCCGGGAGGCAAGUGGAUGAUCCCUCCAGAAGCCAAAGAGUCCAUGGAUAAGAACAAGAUGGGCUUGAAAGGCCCUUUAAAAACACCAAUAGCUGCUGGCCACCCAUCUAUGAAUUUAUUGCUGCGUAAAACAUUUGACCUUUAUGCAAAUGUCCGACCAUGUGUCUCAAUCGAAGGCUAUAAAACCCCUUACCAUGAUGUAAAUAUUGUCACCAUUCGAGAGAACACAGAAGGAGAAUACAGUGGAAUCGAGCAUGUGAUCGUGGAUGGCGUUGUGCAGAGUAUCAAGCUCAUCACUGAGGCGGCGAGCAAGCGCAUCGCGGAGUUUGCCUUUGAAUAUGCACGGAACAACCACCGGAGCAACGUCACAGCCGUGCACAAAGCCAACAUCAUGCGAAUGUCAGAUGGGCUUUUUCUGCAAAAAUGCAGGGAAGUUGCAGAAAACUGUAAAGAUAUUAAAUUUAAUGAGAUGUACCUUGAUACAGUAUGUUUGAAUAUGGUCCAAGACCCGUCCCAGUUUGAUGUUCUUGUUAUGCCAAAUUUGUAUGGAGACAUCCUUAGUGACCUGUGUGCGGGAUUGAUUGGAGGUCUUGGUGUGACACCAAGUGGCAACAUUGGAGCCAAUGGAGUUGCAAUCUUCGAGUCGGUUCACGGAACUGCCCCGGACAUUGCGGGCAAGGACAUGGCCAACCCCACGGCCCUCCUGCUCAGCGCUGUGAUGAUGCUGCGCCACAUGGGGCUUUUUGACCACGCUGCGAAGAUUGAGACGGCAUGUUUUGCUACAAUUAAGGAUGGAAAGAGCUUAACCAAAGAUUUGGGAGGCAAUUCAAAAUGCUCGGACUUCACAGAAGAAAUCUGUCGCCGAGUAAAAGAUUUAGAUUAAGGCUUCUAUAGACGGUAUCUGCACCAGUCACUCCUAGUGGACGCCGCAUCAGCCUGUGUUAGAGUACUUCCCGUUAUGUGUGCAUUUAUGCAUUUGUUGCUCGUUUCUUGACAGAGUACAUUUUUAGACCUGGCCUUUUUCUUAAAAUCUGUGCAGAGGAUGCAGGUAAUGUCCCUAGACCUGCUUUCAAAGGACUUCUUCCAAGUGCUUGUUUUAUUUAUUAAACGUCUAUCUGGUAUAUUUUUUUUUGUAAACUCUCAAGUGAACUGUUAUCAUUUGCUGUUGUUAACCAUAUUAUGCUUCAGUUAAAAUAGUUUUUCUUUCACUGUAAAUAUCAUGAGACAGAAAUACUAAGAGAAAACAUCUAACUUUUUAAAGAAAAAGACUGAUAUUCUUGGUUUACGAAAAAAUAUAAUGGAGAUAAAGUAGAAUGUUGGCAUACUAGCAUGAGAGGAUAUUCUUAUAAAACUAAAUGGGCACAAGAGAAAUUUCCUGGGAAAGUUUACAUCAAAAACAGUGAAUAUGGUAUAUUUCUUAGUGAUAUGGAAAGCAAAGACUAAUUUGUACUUUACAUGAAUUACUGAGUAUGAAUAAAGACUUCAGAUUGGAGAAAUAUA